UAUACUAACAACACAACAAGUACCUUUAAAAUUCACAAAUAAUUUGAUUUUCCAUGUAUUUUGGGCUCGCAGUCGUCUCGUGUUGAUUGAUAAUCCCAAUUUCAAACCUAAAUGAAUUAAAUACUUAUCUAAAAAAUUUGACUACGUAUCUAAUAUGGACGAGGAUGAUUAUUGGAAUUCUAGUGAAACUAAAUCGCAGGCAUUCAGUUUUGAUGAUGAUGUUCUUUCUCCACAAGAGAUUCUUGCCAUUGGUCAGAAGCCAUCAUCAGGGCAUAAGGAUGACAAUAUAUUUGCUAGUGCUAGUGUUAGUAGUACCAAAACUUUGCUACCUUUACACAGUUUAAUAUCACCAAAAGUAUUGAAUUUGAUACUGCUAGCACAAUCAGGUAAAGAUCUGACAAAAGAAGUCAAAGUUGAUAGUGAGCAGACGGUUGCAGUUACAUUGAAAAGACUCGUGCUUGGUAGAAGAUGUUCGUUACAUGUUCACAGAAGUUUAAAGUGCAAAACAGAACUGUUGGAUGGAGCAAUUGCAAUUGGGGAUGGCAACGCUAUACUUACGGUGGUACUAUUUCUAAUACAAACAUUAAAUAAAAAGCUGGUUUAUGAGUUGCUUUCAUCUCGAACGGUGGCAUUAAACCACUACAUCAGUUUCUUACAAAAUGAAGGCAAAAUAACUGAAUUGACAGAUCUAUUAACAAUGCUAGGUAGAAGUCCAGAAGCAGCGAUGUAUCAAUUCCAACAUUGCGUAAAGAGUCAGGGCAGCAACGUGGACGGCUUGCUGCGUAAGCUGACCAACCUGAUGGCGAAUCACCUCAACCAGCCCGGCGGGGACACUCAUCACGCCAAGAUGGUCGCCGAUUACGUCAAACUAUUAGAAUGGCAGAAGUUUGCGAAUAAACAAGAGUUAUUCAAUAGAUCUGCGCUGUACUGCUUAGCGUACUGUUGCUCACACCACUGGAGUGACACGGCCGGCAAUAUGAUGUCACCAAUGACGGUCUGCCAGAGGCAGCAGAUUCCGCCGCUACAAUACGACUGGGUGGUCUUGAAUGUUCACGCCAAGUCGGAAAAGUGGGACAUUGUGGAAACACUUUUCACCAAAAAGGAUUGGCUCGGCCGUACCACUGUAUCGUCUCAUAUACCGAUAGAGACUUUAUUGGCUCGCCUGAGUGAGUUACAGGCUAGUAAGCGGCUAAUGGCGACAUGUGUCAACAAGAUUACAUCGGCUGAAGACAGGUUGAGGCUAGCGCAGAUGUAUAAGAUAGAACCCGUGGUAAUAGAGACAUUGGCCAAACAAAAGGACAGGAUAGCUUUGACAAACUACAAAAUGACGCUAAGUCCGCAGUCGGAAGUGUUCAUACUGGCUGAGAAUACUUUGAGGGAUACUUCUAUCAAAUGGAAGAACUGAAGAAGAUUCCUGCACUCAACAGGUUAUUACCAAAUGGAAGCUUCUCUUAAUUAUCUAAACCUCUCCCUGUGCCACACAAACUUGAAAAUUGAGUAUAAUGACACCGAGAG